GAUCCGGAUAAGCUGUUCCUGGCAGAAGCCGAGAACCUGGAGGUCCUUGAGCACCGAUGGAUCCUUGAGGGAAUUGAGGAACGUCUAGUAGAGAAGUACGCCGUGUAGUCUGCGCAGUGUAUUAUCAGCGCUGUAAGCUUGCAAUUGGGUUGCAAUAUAGAAGAUCAACAUAGCACCCAAAAUGGAGGACUACCAUCCCACGCAGUACUUCGCACUGGUUGCCUGAUCUACGUAGCCGGUCAAACGAUAGUCCUAAAGCCAAUUUUAUGACAGUCCUUCAAUCCAUCGUGUUGGUACCUGUGGCAGGUGGUUCGAUCCUGGUCCUGGUCUGCGCGGGCGGACUGCAGCUGAUGUGCCAAGCGUAAGCUUCAUAAAAUGAUGACCACCAUGACGAAAACGAUAAGCUCUGGUCCAGCGGAAUGUGAAGCAGAUCCGCCGGUGGCCUUGUUAUCAAAAUCGCCAUUUGAGACGACAACGACUUCUUUGCCCCUGCAGCUGGCGCUUGGAGCAUGUUGUUGUCAUAGUGGUACUGCUCGAGCUUCGAGGUCCUCCAAAACUUCCCCGCCCUUUCCGUCCAAUCCUUUUCAUCCAUCUUCCGCGGGUCGCACCGCCCCCAAUGCGCUGGAAUGCGCCUCAAUCCUCACCAGCAGGACUAUCAAAGCCAUCGAUCGAUCUUCGAGUCAGGUUAAACGCGACUGCGGAAGUGAGAGGGGAGCGCGCAGCCUGCGAAACAGCCUACACGGGCGUGGUCCGGUCCAUUCACCACCAAGUUCUCGCAAUUGUCAUUUCAAACGCCCUCUUGUGUACUACGGCUUAGGACAAGGCAAAUAUCUGUGCUCCGCCCUGGCCUCAUUGCCUUGUUCAAGCGUCUUCAAUAGCAUUGCGCCCCAGAUGGUGUGCUUCCAUGCAAUCGAUUCUCCAAUGGAAUGCGGCGUCUCCACCACCCUCGCCAGCAUCCUCCUCGUUCGACAGAUGCAUCUUCUCCCGUUCGAGACCAUGGCUUGCUCACUCAUCAUUUCCUUUGUUAUUUUGUGGCCUUGGGCAUCUGCUCGAUGUCCAGGUCCCUGAUGCACGUGCGGGAGCACGACUGUCGCCUUCCGCGACUCUGCCACGAGCGGCCUCAAGACAUCCGAAAG